AUGAAGAACCCGCUCUCCAACAACCCCUUCGCCGUCAAGGAGGACACGGGCACUGCCGCGCCCCGCCAAAUCUACGGAUGGCGCAUCUAUCUCGUCGCCAUCUCGGCAGCAUGGGCCUCGGCCAUGUACGGCUACGACAGUGCCUUCAUCGGGGGCACCCUCGAGCUGCCGUCCUUCAAGGCCGCCUACGGCCUGGCCGACGAAGCGUCGUCGACGUCGCUGGACUCCAACAUCGUGUCCACCUUCCAGGCCGGCGCCUUCUUCGGCGCCAUUGGCGCCUUCUUCAUCGCCGAGUCCUUCGGCCGCAAGAUGGUCAUCCUGGUGUCCGGCCUGGUCUUCACCGUCGGCGUCGUCCUGCAGAUGGUGGGCAUCCUCGGCGCCCUGUACGGCGGCCGCGUGCUGACCGGCCUGGGCGUGGGCGCCAGCUCCAUGAUCAUCCCCAUCUACAUCUCCGAGUGCGCCCCCGCCGCCAUCCGCGGCCGGCUGGUCGGCAUGUUCGAGAUCAUGCUGCAGGUUGCCCUGGUCUUCGGCUUCUGGGUCAACUACGGCGUGCAGCAAAACAUCUCGGGCGACACUGACACCCAAUGGCGCAUCCCCGUCGGCAUCCAGUUCGUGCCCGCCGGCUUCCUCCUGCUCUCCAUGCCGUGGGUGCCCGAGUCGCCGCGCUGGCUGGUGUCCAGGGGCCGCUCCGAGAAGGCGCUUACCGCCCUGGCCUGGAUCCGGAACCUGCCCCAGGACGACGACUACGUCCUGUCCGAGCUUGCCGAUUUCCAGACCGCCGUCAACCACGAGAUCGAAUCCACCGGCGGCAACAGGAGCGUGCUGGCCAUCUUCCGCGAACUGGCCCAGUCUGGCGUCCGCAACCGCGCCGCCCUCGGCAUGAUCAUGAUGCUUUGCCAGAACCUCACCGGAAUCAACGCCAUCAACUACUAUUCGCCAACGAUCCUGGAGUCGUUGGGCUACAGUGGGACAUCGGUCAAUCUGCUGGCCACUGGCGUCUAUGGCAUCGUCAAGAUGGUCACCACCCUGAUCUUCAUGCUCUUCUGCGUUGAUCGCAUCGGAAGACGUCCGGCGCUGCUCGUCGGUGCGGUUGGCGCCGGUGUGGCCAUGUUCUAUCUGGCUGGGUACUCGAAAAUGUCCGGGUCCUUCACCUCCGACUCGGUCCCACGCGACUCGGGCGCCAACGCCGCCCUCGCCAUGAUCUACGUCUACGCAAUCUUCUACGGCUUCAGCUGGAACGGGAUCCCCUGGGUCGUUUGCUCAGAGAUCAUGCCGACGCGCGUGCGUACCGCGAGUAUGAUGUUGUCCGUGUGCACCCAGUGGCUGUCCCAAUUCGUCGUCGUCUACAGCCUGCCGUACAUGGUCGCCAACAUCACCUACGGCACCUUCCUGUUCUUCGGCGCCUGCACAGUCCUCGCCUUCGUCUUUGCCUACCUCUUCGUGCCCGAGACGAAAGGGGUGGCGCUCGAGGACAUGGACCUCAUGUUCGGCGAGGGCGCACCUCUGUUGGCACACAACGCCCGCAAGCGCUACGAAACCGCACACGAGGCUGGCAUCACCGCUGUGGGUCUCGAGAGGGCGGAUGAAGACAAGCAAGGGCGGGAGUUCGUUGAGAAGGUUUAG